AUGUUUUGGGGUAUUAUUAUUCAGCCAAAUGGAUCAUUUGAAUCAACGUGUGAAGAUAUACUUCACAUUACUCAGGUUUGUCUUCAAGAAGAAUUAAAAGAUGAAAAGAUGCAUCGUGCGUUUAUUAAAAUAGAUAAGGAGGAAGUGUGUAUUGCAAGUAUUAGUGGAAAAAAUCUUAAUUCUCCUGUUUCAAUAAUUAUCGAACCAGAGCAUUCUUUCACUUUACUUAAUAAAACACAAAAUGUUAUUUAUAUUUCAGGAUAUACAAUAGCCCAAAACAAACCGUCUCCGGAAAUGGAAGAUAGUUUGGUAAUUGAAAAACAACAAUUAGCAAAAAGCCGUAAAUCUGAAAAAAGAAAAUCAAUUGUUGCCCCAAAGAAACCACUUUCACCUGCAUCAAAAAAAAUAGUUAGAAUUGGUGGAGUAGAAAAGUCAAUUCCGAUUGAGUCAUAUGAAGAAAGAUUGAAAAAACAAAAUAGAAGACAACGAUUUAAUAAUGCUUUUAUUUAA